AUGGGUUCCGACGCGGCGCGGCAAGCCUCGACACCGGCAACGCCAGCGUCGUCAACACCUGGGCCGGCAGCGACAACGUCGACGAGACCUCCGGCAUCAUCACAGAAUGCCUCCCAUGGGCAAGGGGUCGUCAACGAUCCGGCGCGGACCGGCUUCGACCCGCAGACGAAAUGGUGGAUGAACUACUUUGCCAUCCUCUCCGGCCAGAUGACAGCCGAGGGUCAGUUUCACUACCGCGAGUGGCGGUACAAGGUGCACGAGGAACGCGACUGCAAACGCUGCGACGAGUACCGCGACUGGCUCUUCACCUACUCGCCAGUCAUACGUUUCCUCUCGGAAAAGAUUGGCAGCCUCAACGGCCGGCUCGACGGAUCCAACGUCUUGUGUCGCCGCUGCCCCGCGCGGCUCGAGAGCGACGGCCAGGUCCAUCGCCAGGCCGGUGGCUUCAGCCCCAACCACGGCAUUCUGCUCUGCGCCAACGAGAUCCGCGACCGCAAGCACCUCGAGGACACGCUCGCCCACGAGAUGGUGCAUGCCUGGGACCACCUGCGCUGGAAGGUUGACUGGGCCGGAGACAAGGAUUUGAAGCACGCCGCUUGCACCGAGAUCCGUGCUUCGAUGCUGAGCGGCGAGUGUCGCUUCACGAGGGAGGCUUUCACCCGGGGACGGUGGUCGGUGACGCAGCAGUUCCAAAACUGCGUCCGCAAGAGGGCCAUCGAGUCGGUCAUGGCGCGGCCCCGGUGCAAGGAUAAAGCCCAGGCGUCCAAGGUCAUCGAUCAAGUCUGGGACUCGUGCUUUGCCGACACGAGACCGUUCGACGAGGUCUACAGGUGA